AAGCCACAAAUUAAAUAAAAAGUGUUCUUCGUCCCUACUUCCCUCCAUCUCCCUCUCUCUCUGCAAUUUUUGGUUUUUGUGAGGGAGAUUCAAAAUGAGAUUGAGGGAAAACAGCAGUUUCGGUGUGUUAUUAGUGAUUAUUAGCAUUCUAUCGCCAUUAAUGGAGUUUGGAGCAAUUCAAAUCGAUGCAGCGAAGAAUGGAUGUGAUUUGUUUCAAGGAAAUUGGGUAUCAGAUCAAUCGUAUCCACUCUACAAUGAAUCCACAUGUCCUUUCCUUGAAAAGGAGUUCAACUGCGUCAACAAUGGCCGUCCUGACCGUUUGUAUCUCAAAUACCGAUGGCAACCUCACGGCUGCCGCUUAUCCAGAUUUGAUGGUCGAAACUUCUUAGAAAAACUAAGAGGAAAAACGAUAAUGUUUGUAGGAGAUUCGCUUAGCCGAAACCAGUGGUUGUCGAUGCUAUGCAUGAUCCAUUCGUCAGUGCCAACCGCAAAUUAUGCGGUCAAUAUAUCAGUGAUUAUGGAUAUGACCACUUACACCUUCACGGAUUAUGGGGUGAAAGUAAUAUACCAUCACAAUUUAUAUCUUGUGGAUAUAGUGAAGAAAACGUUUGGGAGGGUAUUGACGUUGGAUACUUUGACAGCUGGCAAGCUAUGGUUGAAUGUUGAUUACCUCGUGUUUAACACGUGGCAUUGGUGGAACCGUAGAGGUGCCAGCCAACCAUUUGAUUAUAUACAAGAAGGUCGUCGUAUAUACAAAGAUAUGGAUCGAGUAGUUGCUUUUGGAAAGGCUGUUACGACAUGGGGUCGAUGGGUCGAUGCGAAUACUGUUCCGAAUAAAACCCAAGUGUUUUUUCAAGGAAUAUCUCCAUCACAUUACAAUGGCAGCGACUGGGGAGAACCCAAGGCAAAAUCCUGCUCCGGCCAGAAAAUCCCUCUUCUGAGCUCGAGCUAUCCCGGAGUCUCACCGCCGGCGCUCUCAGUCCUCAAGAACUCACUCAAAACCAUCAAGAAACCGGUGACUUUGCUCGACAUUACUACCCUUUCUCUGCUGCGGAAAGACGGCCAUCCCUCCGCUUACGGUUUAGGGCCCGUGGAUUGCAGCCACUGGUGUCUCGCCGGAGUUCCAGAUACGUGGAACGUUUUGCUUUACAACCUUAUGGCUUAGAAAGAAAGAAGGCCAAAAUCAUGAUUCAAUUAUUGGAUUUUUAUAUAGAAAAUAAAAAAUUUGUGAUAUAACCAUAAUACCCAUGACUGGGGUCUGGGAAUUACUUGAGUUGGGGGGCAUUAUUGUAAUUUUAAAAAGAUAGAUAUAUACUUGCCAUAGAAAUAAAUGGCAAAUAUUCCAUUCUUUUUCAAUUCUUGAUUGAAAGAAAUGAAAA